AUCAUGUGAAGUGGUGAAUGACUAAACGGCCAGGAGCAAAAGUAUGCAGUCCGGAUUUCUAUUUGCUGGCCCCCUGAUUGCGCGCGCCAUAUCGCCAGCAACACAUGCAGUGAACAAAAACCUCUGGAGCCUUGGCAAGAUGUGCUUCGACUUCAGCAAAGUGAGUGAGUGAUCGCGACAGUUCAACAAUCAGUAUGGCCGACUUGGGCGUACCUAUUGAGCGAGGGCUUGCUUUUGUAUUCUACGGCCUGCUUGGUUGUGCUGUCCUGCCCUACGCUACUCGUUUCUUGUCUCAAGGGAAACACGAAUGCGAGCGAGUUACGAUCAAUCUAAUCAGACCAUUUGUGCACAUCAAUCACAGCUUACCUUGUAUGGAAGUGUGUGAGGAGAAGGCAGAUCAGCACAGUUUGCUACUGGAUACAGGUCCGCCUGAUGUCUGCAUGGUUCUGCAAUGGAAGUCUGAGUUUGAUUGGCUCUACACCAACUUGAGGGUGGAAGAAUCGAAGGUGGAUGGACUGGGUGCAGAAGGCUCUGCUUUGUUUUGCGUUUGUCAUGUUGAUUUGACGGCCAACCGAGUGUUUCGAACGGAUCCAAUAACGAAGAAACCAAGCGAGAAGCGCUUGAGAAGAUCACUUGUCGAUUGCAGCAUCAAAGGUCUGGUCAAGCGGUUGUCUUUAGCGGGAUGGCAGGCUCCAUACGGCAAUCAUACUGUCAAAUUCAAAGAUUCAGAAAUUGCAGACUGCAGAACUUGGACGUCGGUAAGCCAGGUGACCAAGACCAAUCGCAACGAGGCCUUUUUUAUGAAGGUGAAAUAUGACCAGAAAACCAGACCGAGCACGACCUUGGAAGAAUGGAGUGAGUGGCUGAAAACAGAGUACCUAUUCUGGGCGAGGGCUGAAUGGUGGCUGGAUGAACGUGAGUGAGUUAUGUCAACGCAGACGACAGAUGGUCACUGAGUAAAUUUCAUAGCGUUAGCAAAAGUAUUCGAUAACAUAGGCACUGUGUUGUAUGAAAUGCUCGUCGGCGUUUAAAUAUGAUCAUGUGACAAUGUCCUACUUCAAACGCUUCUGACCUUCAAAGCUGGUCAAAUGGG